GAAAUAUUUAAUCUAUGCCAGUUUGUGGUCCAUAACCGCUGAUAACCACUGAUAACCGCACUUGCAGUCGAUCUUGAGAAACAACGUAUGUCUGAAUGUCGGAUAUGAAUCCCUUAAGCAGUCUUUGAUUUCCGUGAAAACAAUUGGACCUACGAUGGAGUUAAGGCCAUUUCCGAAACUUGUACUGAGUGAUCGUCAGCCGUAUUCUAGGCGAAUAACAGUGUAAAAUGGGUGCAAACAUAUCGCAGUUGGAGAAAGAUAUCGGCACUGAUCAGUUUCCACCGAAUGAGCAUUACUUCGGGCUCGUGAAUUUUGGAAAUACAUGCUACAGUAACUCAGUCCUCCAAGCUCUGUACUUCUGUCGACCAUUCCGAGAGAAGGUAUUGGAGUACAAGGCAAGAAACAAGCGAACAAAGGAGACUCUACUGACAUGCUUGGCGGAUUUAUUCUACAGCAUUGCUACGCAAAAGAAGAAAGUUGGCUCGAUAGCUCCAAAGAAAUUCAUUGCGAGACUGAGGAAAGAAAAAGAAGAGUUCGAUAAUUACAUGCAGCAAGAUGCCCACGAGUUCCUCAACUUCCUGAUCAACCACAUCAAUGAAAUAAUCCUUGCAGAGAGAAAUCAAAGCAAACCGGUAGGCAGUAAGGGAGGAGCCGGAGAUGCAGCUUCUCCCCCCGAGCCAACAUGGGUUCACGAGAUCUUCCAGGGGAUCUUAACUUCUGAGACUCGUUGCCUUAAUUGCGAGACCGUUUCCAGCAAGGAUGAGGACUUCUUCGAUCUUCAAGUCGACGUCGAUCAAAACACGUCCAUCACGCACUGCCUCAAAUGUUUUUCUAAUACCGAAACUCUCUGCAGCGACAACAAAUUCAAGUGCGAUCACUGUAGCAGCUAUCAAGAAGCACAGAAACGGAUGAGGGUGAAAAAAUUGCCCAUGAUUCUAGCGUUGCAUUUAAAGAGGUUCAAGUAUGUUGAGCAAUACAAUCGACACAUCAAAGUCUCUCACAGGGUUGUCUUUCCAUUGGAGCUUCGAUUGUUUAAUACAAGUGACGAUGCUGUCAAUCCUGAUCGUCUGUACGACCUGGUGGCUGUUGUAAUACAUUGUGGUAGCGGACCAAACCGGGGACACUAUAUUUCCAUAGUUAAGAGUCACGGUUUCUGGCUGCUCUUCGAUGAUGACAUGGUCGACAAAAUUGAGGCAUCAACAAUAGAAGAUUUUUAUGGACUCACUUCCGACAUCCAGAAGAGCUCAGAGACAGGCUACAUUCUAUUCUACCAGUCGAGGGACUGCAGCUAGGAACAAUGAACCUGCAGUGAACACUGCUCCGAUGAUACGUAAUUGAAGAGAAAGAGAAUUGUCCUAUAUCCCGUUUUACAGAUUCUACGCGGAAGAGACGUUUACACCUUCGCGAUUUACACGUUCAACUUAGAAACAUAUACAGAGCGAUCCUGAUCGCAACCCUCGGAGGAGGUCCAUUUAGAGCUGUGCAGAGGGUGAAGUCGACAUUGAGGUAUACAAAGUUGCCUAGGAGAGAGCUAGUGCAGAGAAGCAUGCGUGAGUUGUAUUUAUUUUAACUUUACUCGCGUCCUAGUCGCAAAGUACUGUAUAAGAGAGAAAGAGAGAGUACUGUGCCCAGCCAUCAGAGGGCUGCUCGACAGGGAGAAUUCCUGCGGGUUGAGUUCAGUGAUAAUGGGCGCGUUGGCGGUCCUCGUAGAUGUUAUUCCGACUGUAAAGAUGUACGACUAAUUAUUAGAGGAGAUAUUGUUACAAAUAAAAUUGCCUGCUUUUAUCGUUA